ACAAGGAAAUUUCUAGUAAAUUUCCCCUUAUCCCUUCAUCCUAGGUUCCUAGCCAAAACCAAGGGAAAAUCUUAGCAAAUAUCAGUGUACAUGAGAUGUAGCAGAGUGGGAAAAAACAAAUCAAGAAAAAGGUUCCAAUUUUUUCUUGUUUUUUCCAUCUUCCCUGAAUAUCCAAGAAAAAAGAUUACCAUUUUUCAUAGUUUCUUGAAAAUUUUAAGGUAUUGUGGAAUCCAAGAAAAGGGACAUCAUAUUCUUGGUUUCUUGUUACCUUAAAAGGUAUUGUUUUCUUCGUUCUGUUUUAUUUGAUGGCUUUUUUCAAUAGAAAGAUGCUAGAAGUUAUAUUCAAACCCAUUCCAUUAGAAAACCCUCCAUUUGUUCCAGAUACAAGUGAUGAUUGUCCUGAUGAUCAUUGUGUUGAAUCUGUUCCUAAUGAUGACCCUUUCUUUACCCUUCCUCCUCCUCCUCCUCCUCCUAUACCUGGUGCUACAAGUGAAAAAUAUCAUAUGCCCUUUUAUUUUAUCUUAAUGCUUUGUGUUCUUGGAGCUGUUUUUGUGUUCAUUUGUUACAUGGUUAUACUUAAGAGGAAGAGGUCCAAUUCAAGAAAUAGGAGAAAUCUUUCACAAUUGGAUGAAAAUAGAGACGAUUUUGUUAUAGAUGAAAAUCAUGGGCCAGUUAUGGAUCAUCCAAUUUGGUACAUACGUACUAUUGGACUUUCACAAGAUGUCAUUGAUUCAAUUUCAGUGUUUAAGUACAAGAAAGAUGAAUAUUUGAUUGAAGGGACUGAUUGUUCUGUUUGUUUGACUGAGUUUGAGGAAGAUGAGAGUUUAAGGUUGUUGCCUAAAUGUAGUCAUGCUUUCCAUAUCCCUUGUAUUGAUACUUGGUUAAGGUCACACAAGAAUUGCCCGUUGUGUCGCGCUCCUAUAGUUUCCAAUAUGGAUAAUAUCCCACAAUUGAGCAAUUUUGUGGAAGUUGUAUCAAUCACAAAUAUAGGUGAUGACUCUAGUCCAAAUGAAGUCAAUCAAUCGGAGAAUAAUGGAAGGCAUAAUGUUGAUCAACUGGAAAAUCUUGAAUUGGAUGAAGAGGGAAAUGAUGAAAUGAGGCGUGGAGUUGAAAAUCUUGAUGCCUUGUCAAACGAGGAGGAGAGAACUAUGGACCUAUUGAUGAAAAUUCCACGUGUUCUUGAUGGAAGGAAGAAAGGGGUUCGUGUUUUUAGCGAUUUAGCUGAGCAUAGAGUGAAAGUGAUCAACAAUGAACUUCAGCCAGCACGAAGAUCGGUCUCAAUGGAUUCUUCUGCUGCUCAAGAGAUUCACCUCGCGAUGAAUGAGAUGAAUUCAGGAACAAUUGAAGGGUGUUCGAGUUCAAAGAGAGGAGAUAGAAGUUCAAGUUUGUAUAAAUCAAUGAAGAGUUCUUCCUUUGGACGUUCACUGCAAAAAGUUCCUAUUAGUAUGAAGAGGUCUUUUUCUACUAGUGGAAAGUGUUCAUUGCCCACAACUAGCAAGAUUCAAGAUCUAAGACAAACAAUGUAAGAACAUUUCAUUUUGGUUCUUGAUUCUUCAACUGGGGUUCAACAUUUUCCUAUAUUUAUUUGAACCGUGUAUGAAAAUAUAAGUGUAAAAGUAAUGUUCCACAUAAAGGACUUGGAAACAACUGAAUUGUGCUAUAAUUCACUGGUUGCACAAGCUACUAAAUGUUGCAUAUUCCUUCUUUCUAAAAGGAUGUUUGAGUUUAUUAA